AUGCUCAUUUAUACUCGACGCGCUGCUCCGAAGGAGCCCAAGAAGAGGUCAAGAGCUGGAUGCUUGUCUUGCAAAGAAAAGGUACGGAGUCAUAACUUCGAGCGGUCUACACCUGGUCUAACCCAUCUACAGAAAAAGAAAUGUAACGAGAACCGCCCACAAUGCGAUCGGUGUAUAGAACGCGGUCUGCCAUGCGAGUACGAACCUGUUAAACCUCGAAAACGAAGGCGAUCCUCUUUUGCGGGUUCUGCGCUGUCGCAGGGUGGGAAAUCACCACGUUUAUACAAUGAAGAAUGGGCGGGCGGGUUUGAUGACACAUAUGGCACGCAGGAAGAUGGUUACAGUCCUACUACACCGCGCUGGGGAAGUGCGGGCGAGAUUCGAUAUCCGCAUUCAGAACUUGAAACGCCUGGUUUAAAAUGGCAAGAAACGUGGGAGAAUGAACACGUGGAGGAAAUAGUACGGGAGGAAGCUAUCAUACCCAGAGCAGGAACUCUCGCGCGUUCAAGAAGCCAAUACCCAGAUCUAGCUAUGAUAGCGCCAUCGCCUGUCGCCUCACCGUUAUUAGAGUUCAGCGCGCCUUUAUAUAUGGAAUUUUCGGACAAGAAGAAUAGACGGGGCUUGGUGGAUCACUUUUGCAACGUUCUGUCGCAUUUGAUAGUGUUCAAGGAGGACACUGGAAAUCCGUUUCGGCAGUUGGUGCUUCCGCUGUCGCAUGCUUGUUCGCCUGUUAUGAAUGCGAUAUUCGCGUUGUCGAGUGCUCAUCUGGAGUAUGGAGGGAUUGAAAACGAGGAAAAGUCGUUGACGUUUCAUAAUAGAGCUUUGCAGGGUGUUGCGCAGUUGAUUGAUCAGAACGACACAACAAGACGAGAAGAAGUUCUUGGAGCGAUUAUGUUGCUUGUGUAUUAUGAAGUUCUGGUUCAACGAGGCAACUCGAAUAUCGUCAAUGGUCAUUUGAAAGGUGCCAUGACAAUUAUGAAAUCUGGGCCUCGAAUUGACACGCCAGCGGGAUUAUUCUUAGAAAGAGCAUUCCGUUUCUACGACGUUAUUGCGGCUCUCUCACUAGGCACAUCCCCCAACGCCACCACACAACCAACAGCGACACCAUUCCCAGAUGACCAGCCAUUUUUCAACUCUCCAUUGAACUCUGUCGAUACACUUUUAGGCCUAUCCACCGACCUCUGGCCAGUAAUUCAUCGUCUUUCACAUCUACUAUCAUUUAAAAAAUUACUCGAAGACGCUGUUGCUGCUGGGGAAACCACUAAAGCCAACGUUUUAAGAACAGAACUUGAAAGCACGUCUCAAGCUAUUGAGCAUGCAUUGACAGAGUGGAGGCCUACUGUUACCUCCAACCCUUCUUCUCCAGAAGACGAUGACGAUACUGCUUCCCAUGCCGAUAUCUCUGACGCCAGACUACAAAGUAUCCUCAACAAUGCUGAAGCAUAUCGCAAUUCUGCUUUUGUAUAUUUGUACAGGACAAUACGCGACUACCCUCGCAACCAUUCACUGGUACAGAGUCAUGCGCAUCUUUCACUCCUGGCCUGCUCAAAUGUUGUCACAAAUGCAGAGCAAUGUUUCGAUGGACCUAUGUCGGCCUUACUUUGGCCGCUAUUCGUAGCUGCUUGUGUAGCAUUAACCGAUGAAGAUAGAGAAUUGGCUCUCCAAGCCUUUUCUGGAACAGAACGAAGACAAAAGAUGAGAAAUAUCAUGCGAGCUUGGGAAAUUGUUCAAGAGGUUUGGAGUAGAGCAGAUCUUGGCGAAGAAGAUAUUGACUGGAUGGACAUUUGUACGCAAAAAGGCUACAAUAUUGUCUUUGGAUAA